CUUUUCUCUCAACUCAAAAAGAAAAACCAUAGCCACAUUUUUACGCCCAUAACAAGGAAGAAUGUGCCAGUUUCCAGCUUCUACUCUCUCUCCCAAAUGUGCUUCAAAUCAUCACCCUUACCUUCACUCAAUCAAAGACUCCGUUGAGCCCAACACGUCUGCCCCAUUGAUCGACAAAACCCCACAAAAGUUGAAGCUUCGGCCGAGUGAUGAGCAAACCCAGAAAAAACCACAAAAGACCCAUCUUUCUCUUGCCAUUCAAGAAGCCAUUUCCAUUGCUAAAAUAGCUUUACCCGUCAUACUAACUGGCUUUUUGCUCUACUCUCGUUCAAUGAUCUCCAUGCUUUUUCUUGGUCGCCUUGGUGAACUUGCCUUAGCUGGUGGUUCUCUUGCCGUUGGCUUUGCUAAUAUCACUGGCUACUCUAUUCUCUCUGGUCUCGCUAUGGGAAUGGAGCCCAUUUGUGGUCAAGCUUUUGGUGCCAAAAAACACACCCUUCUUGGCCUCACUUUGCAAAGAACUGUACUUCUGCUUAUAUUAACUUCAAUUCCCAUAUCUCUUCUAUGGCUAAACAUGAAGCGUAUUCUCCUCUUUUGUGGGCAAGAUGCCGAUAUAGCCACAGAAGCACAAGCAUAUCUUCUUUAUUCUAUCCCUGACCUCUUAGCUCAGUCUCUUUUACACCCUUUAAGAACCUAUCUUAGAACUCAAUCAAUAACUUUGCCUCUAACUUUCUGUGCCACGCUAUCAAUUCUUUUACACAUCCCCAUCAAUUACCUUCUUGUCGUACACCUUAAUUUAGGCAUCAAAGGCGUGGCUCUUAGUGGGAUUUGGACUAACUUCAAUCUUGUAACAUCUUUAAUCAUCUAUAUUCUCAUCUCAGGUGUCCAUAAAAAAACAUGGGGAGGAUUUUCCAUGGACUGCUUCAAAGAAUGGAAAUCCCUCCUGAAUUUAGCCAUUCCCAGCUGCAUUUCAGUGUGCCUUGAAUGGUGGUGGUAUGAGAUCAUGAUUUUACUAUGUGGUCUUCUGUUAAAUCCAAGAGCAACAGUUGCUUCAAUGGGCAUUUUGAUACAAACCACAUCACUAAUCUACAUCUUCCCAUCAUCUUUAAGCUUCAGUGUAUCAACAAGAGUUGGCAACGAACUGGGUGCAAACCAGCCAUCCAAAGCACGAUUAGCCGCAAUUGUAGGCCUUUGUGGCGGCUUCAUGCUCGGUUUCUCGGCCCUAGUUUUUGCCGUAACUGUCAGAAACAUAUGGGCUAGCAUGUUCACUCAAGACAAGGAAAUCAUCGCUUUAACAUCACUUGUUUUACCCAUAAUCGGGCUUUGUGAACUAGGAAACUGCCCACAAACAACAGGCUGUGGAGUUUUAAGAGGAACCGCUCGGCCUAAAGUUGGAGCAAACAUAAACCUGGGCUGUUUUUACCUGGUUGGAACUCCAGUUGCAGUGUGGUUAGCAUUCUAUGCACGGUUUGACUUUCAGGGGCUAUGGUUAGGUCUAUUGGUCGCACAGGGCUCAUGUGUUGUGACCAUGUUGAUGGUUUUGACUAGAACUGAUUGGGAUUUUGCGGCACAAAGAGCCAAAGAGCUGACCGGAGCUGUGGUGGUUGAUGACAGCAAGGAGGUUGAGGAACAGAAGCCAACCAAAGCUGAAAUCGAGGAAGAUUCUUUAUAUUUAAUAGCUGAUUUAGAUGAAUCUAAUCAUUAUUGUCUUGUUUAGUUUUUUUUUUUUUUUUAAUAAUAGUAUAGGAUUAAACAGAUAAAAGUAGAUAAACCCCC